AUGUCGUUCCCUACUCCUAAGCGCCAUAUGCCACAACCAAAUCUGAAUCAAGAUAUAAUCACAAAAAUCCUCAAAAGGCUGGCUGUGAAAUCUCUGCUGCAAUUUAGAAAACAAGCAAUCAUCACUUCGCAAGUUUAUUACAUUGACCGCUCGGUCUUAAUCCCUAAAGGUGGUUUCGAAUUCUUGGGUUCUUGCAAUGGACUCUUUUGCUUUCGUGCUAAACCAUAUCAAAUAAUGAUUUGGAACCCUUCAUUAAAUGGAAACAUCAAGACAAUCCCAGAUGUCUGGCGGUCGGGCAACAUUAUUAGUAUAUUUGGAUUUGGAUGCGACAUGCAUAAUCAGGAUUACAAGGUUGUUUAUGCUUAUUAUGCGGAGAAUAAUGGUGAUGAAAAUGUGAUUUUGGUGUAUAAGUUUAAGCGUGGGUCAUGGAAAAGAAGUGAUAGAGGGUUUAGUAGUGGGUUUGUUUAUCCCAGAAUUGCUGGGUUUGUGAGUUGUAGUCUCAAUUGGUGCAACAAUAAUUUAGAUGACAGUGAAUGGAAUUGGAAUAUAAUUUCUUUUAAUUUAACCACUGAAACAGCCAAAGGUAUAGCGUUACCCAGCCAUGAACAUGGAGCUGCCAUUUGUAUAGGUGAGUCAAGAGGAUUGCUUUUUGCAGGUUUUCAUCACAAACAUCAAAUGGAAGUUUGGGUGAUGAAUGAGUUUGGAGUUGAAGCUAUAGCGUUACCACUUCAUCAUCCACUUCUCCGGGGUUCAGAGAACACUGCAUACAGAGCUCCAUAG